AAUGCAGAGAAUGCCCUAGGAAUCAUUUAAUUCUCCUUCUUCGUCUCGCAUCUCAAAUGAAGACCUAAAAUAAAGUGACACAUUAGAAUCAUUUAGUAACUCGUUACUCAACAAUGAUAUGGAAUGCAAUUCCACUCCAAAAGUAAACAUAUGGCUUUAAAUAGGUUAAAAAAUAUUCAAAUGUUUCUAUCAAAAAGAAGAUCAAUAAAGAAUUAGAAUUAAAUAAUAAACAUAAUAGUGGUCAUUGGACACCAGAAGAACAUUAGACAUAUGUAGAAUUUCUUGAAAAACAUCAUGAUACAACUAUGUAAAAUCAAUAAAAUAGAAAAAAUAAUAAAAUCUUCAAAUUAAUGUCUGAAAUAAUUGGAACUCGUUCUCCUUCUUAAUGCAGGUACAAUCAUGCAGAUUAUUAAUAAUUAGAUCUCAUCAUUAAAAGUUUAACCCAUACACACCAGCUGGUUAGAGAAGAUUAAAGAAAAACAAAAAAAAAUGGAGUAUCAAUUAUUAAUUAUAUAAUACUAGAUACUGAAACCCAAAUUUAAUUGAACGAUACCAACUAAUUUAUACAGUAUUUUACUCCAGAACUAAGACCUAAUCAAGGUUUUAUUAAUAAUUGACCUUAGAACUUCUUCCCAUUAUUUAAGAUCAAGAUGAAUAAUAAGAUUAUCUUUGUGAAGAAUCCUAAAGACUCAGAAUUCGCAGAUAUUCACUUGAUAAUCUUGAUGAAAGUUACCAUUUCAAUAAUCCUCAUAACACCUAAUUGUUUAAUGAGUUUUGUUAUGAUUGAUAAUAACA